CAGGUGAGAUGCCAUGCAUCUCAUAUCACUUGUGGACGAAACAGGCAAACAUCACUCUUGGCAGAGUUCCUUUCUGGCCCUGCCUCCUUUGCUCAGCCCAUCUCCCUCACUAACCUCGGCCAGAUCGCUUUUCUUUUUCUUUCCGCCCCUGAGAAUCCUCAUGAUACCUUCCCCAGGCUUCUCUCACCCACAGUUUUUAUUUUCUUCUCCCUCUUAAUCCUGCGGAUCACAUCACCUGCUUCUACCACUCUCUUGAAAACUGAUCUUGACCUGCCAUGUUUAUCUUUAUGUGUGGGAACGAGCAAGGAACCUUAUCCGGUGUCAGUGACGUUCGAGGAUGUGGCUGUGCUCUUUACGCGGGACGAGUGGAGAAAGCUGUGUCCUUCUCAGAGGAGCUUGUACCAGGAUGUGAUGCUGGAGAACUACGGUCACCUGGUCUCACUGGGACUCCCACUUUUCAAACCCAAAGUGAUCUCCCUGCUGCAGCAAGGCGAAGAGCCCUGGAAGGUCGAGGAAGGAAGUCGCAGAGGCUCCUGGCUGGGAAGUAAGAGCAGUCCUAAAACCACAAAGUCAACUCAAACACAAGACUCAUCAUUUUGGGGGCUGAUAAAGAAAAGACUCAAAAGAGAUGAACCCUGGAAAUUCUUAUCAGAAAAACCCUGCACAUACGAAGACAAAUUAAAGAAACAGAAGGACAAAAGUUUACAAAUAAUUUCAAUCACCCAUACGAAAAUCCUCCCUGUAGAAAAAAGCCAUAAAAAUAGUGACUUUGGCCAAAAUUUCAGCCUGAAGUCAGUCUUUGUUAAACAACAGAGAGUUGCUAGAGAAAAAAUACCCUCAAAAUAUGAAAUACAAAGAAAUAGCUUAGAGCAGAAUUCAAAUUUACUUAACCAAACAAAAAUCAAGACAGCAGAGAAAUGCUAUAAAUGUAAUAUAUGUGAAAAAGCCUUUAAUCACAGUUCAUCCCUUCGUAAACAUCAGAAAAACCAUACUGGAGAGAGAUUAUUUAAAUGUAAAGAAUGUUUGAAAGCCUUCAGCCAAAGUUCAGCUCUUAUUCAACAUCAAAGAACUCAUACUGGAGAGAAACCCUAUAUGUGUAAAGAAUGUGGAAAAGCCUUCAGCCAUAGUGCAUCCCUUUGUAAACACCUAAGAACCCAUACUGUGGAAAAAUCCUAUAGAUGUAAAGAAUGUAGUAAAUCCUUCAGCAGAAGGUCUGGACUUUUUAUACAUCAAAAAAUCCAUUCUCAAGAAAAUCCCCAUAGAUACAAUCCAGGUAGGAAGGCAUCCAGUUGUAGCACACCCCUUCCUGGAUGUCAGAAAAUGCAUCUCAGAAAGAAGUCCUAUUUAUGCAAUGAAUGUGGCAACACUUUUAAGUCUAGCUCAUCCCUUUGUUAUCAUCAGAGAAUUCAUACAGGGGAGAAACCUUUUAAAUGUGGGGAAUGUGGGAGAGCCUUCAGUCAGAGCGCCUCUCUUAUUCAACAUGAAAGAAUUCACACUGGAGAAAAGCCCUAUAGAUGUAAUGAAUGUGGAAAAGGCUUCACAUCUGUUUCACGACUUCAUAGACACCAAAUAAUUCAUACUGGAGAGAAAUUGUAUAAUUGUAACGAAUGUGGUAAAGCCUUAAGUUCCCACUCGACACUUAUUAUUCAUGAGAGAAUUCACACUGGAGAGAAACCAUGCAAGUGUAAAGUGUGUGGGAAAGCCUUUCGACAGAGUUCAGCUCUCAUCCAGCACCAGAGGAUGCACACUGGAGAGAGACCCUAUAAAUGCAGUGAAUGUGAGAAAACCUUCAGGUGUAACUCAUCCCUUAGUAAUCACCAGAGGAUUCAUACAGGAGAGAAACCUUAUCUAUGUGAGGAGUGUGGGAUAUCUUUUGGCCAAAGUUCAGCUCUUAUUCAACAUCGGAGGAUUCAUACAGGAGAGAAACCCUUUAAAUGUAAUACAUGUGGGAAAAGGUUUAGACAAAGCUCAUCACUUAUUGCACAUCAACGAAUUCAUACUGGAGAGAAACCCUAUGAAUGUAAUGCAUGUGGGAAACUCUUCAGCCAGAGGUCAUCCCUUACUAAUCAUUAUAAAAUUCACCUUGAAGAGAACCCCUUGAAAGUAAAGUUGCAUGUGUGAAAGCCUUAAACCAAAGCUCAUCAGAGUAUACAUACUUGAGAUUGAUUUAAUAAAUGUAAUGACUAUGAGAAAACUUUCUAUUUUAAUUCCUUAUCAGGUAUCAAAUUCUAAGGAUAACUCUGACUAUGUAAUAAAUAUUGGGAAAACUUUUAUACCUGCCAGUCACUUUUAAAUGUCCUGAGACAAAUAAAUCAGAACUGCAGAUAUUGAUUGUGCCAUUUAUAAGCUGAAAGGUAGGGUUUUUCUGUCUUCAUACAGCAUUAUAUGCUAUAUGUGAUAUGUAAAUGUGAGAAAUAUCUGAGUGUAGGGAUACUGGAUUUCUCAACAGAAAGACAACAACUGUAUAAGCUAAUAGCAUAUUUAUUACAACUAACAUUUUAACAGCAAACAGAAUUGAUCUUAAAAAUAUGCAUUUUUACAGCAAAGGACCAAAUAAUAGAUUAAAAACAAAACAAAACUGUAAACUACCUCAGUCUCUGGAGUUUGCCUUUUCCUAAACUGUUGUCAAACUUUGUGCAUGGUUUUCAUUAAAGAAAGAAAAAAAA